GUGUUUCCUCUCUAUCAAACUUGUCUCCUUUUCUUGUAAUCCAAGGCUGUGUUAUUUUAGCUACAAUCUCGAAUUGUAAUCGACGAAGUUUGCUUCUCUUUAGGAUACCUUUAAAUGUCGUCAUCUUCAUCCGACGAAGUUUUCGAAGAAAGAUUUGACGAAGUUUUCGAAGAAAUCUUCGAAGAUACAUUCACCAACAUAGUCGAGGCUCAAACCAGUCACCAAAGGAGCCGUGCUUAUAUUGAACGAAACCGUGAAGGAGGACAAGACCGCUUAUGGAAUGACUACUUCAGCGAAGAUGCGACAUUCUCGUCACAAAUAUUUAGACGCCGCUUCCGCAUGAAUAAGGACUUAUUCUUGCGUAUUGUCUAUGGGCUAUCAGAGAACUUUCCAUUCUUUCAGCAAAGAAGAGAUGCAACCGGGAGGUUAGGUCUUUCUGCACUACAAAAAUGUACGGCAGCAAUUCGUAUGCUUGCUUAUGGUUCUGCGGCUGACACGGUUGACGAAUAUCUCCGACUUGGUGAGACUACUGCACUUUCCUGUUUACAUAAUUUCACUGACGGAAUAAUACAGUUAUUCGGAGGUGACUAUCUACGACGACCCACACCGGAGGAUCUUCAACGACUACUCGAUAUUGGUGAAAAACGAGGGUUUCCUGGGAUGGUCGGGAGCAUUGAUUGUAUGCACUGGGAGUGGAAAAAUUGUCCGACCGCUUGGAAAGGACAAUACGCACGAGGAUCAGGAAAACCCACAAUUGUCUUAGAGGCUGUUGCUUCCCAAGAUCUUUGGAUAUGGCAUGCUUUUUUUGGUCCUCCAGGCACCUUAAAUGAUAUCAAUGUCCUCGAUCGGUCUCCUGUGUUUGAUGACAUUUUAGAAGGUCGAGCUCCCAGGGUAAGGUACAUGGUCAACGGACACAGGUAUAAGUUGGCAUACUAUCUAACAGACGGUAUAUAUCCAAAUUGGUCAACAUUUAUCCAAUCUAUCAAACUCCCUCAAUCUCCAAAACAAGAGUUAUUUGCUAAAGCUCAAGAAGCAGCCCGAAAAGAUGUGGAGCGGGCUUUUGGAGUAUUGCAAGCUCGAUUUGCGAUUAUCAAAAACCCGGUUCGUACAUUGAACAAAGAAAAGAUAGGGAAUAUUAUGAGAGCAUGUAUCAUACUACACAAUAUGAUAGUUGAAAAUGAACGAGAUGGAUACAUGCGGUACGAUAUAUCUGAAUUUGAAGAAGGAGACGUCACCAGAACUUCACAGGUGGAAACCAACAGGCCUACAAAUCUGAAUAAUAUGUUUCCCAAUCGGAAUGAUCUUCGGGAUGAGCAUAUUCAUGAACGGUUGAAGAAUGAUUUAAUCGAAAAUAUUUGGAAUAAAUUUGGUGAUGAAGAUUAAUAAUUAGUGUAUCUUGAUUUCUUAUAAAUUUGAUCAUGUUUUUAUUUAGAAAAUUUUCUAUCUUUAUGUAAAAUUAUUGUUUUUUCUUUAAUUGUUGUAUUUUUAUGUUUAAUUAUUGUUUUUAAUGUUUAUUUCUUAUAUUUUAUGUUAAGUUAUUCUAUUUAAUCAUCCAAUAUAUCAAAAUUAUAUUUCACUACACAAAAAACAAAAAAUCAUUUUUUUAAUUCCUAAUGAUUCUAUUUUAGGGAUCACCAUUGUACACAUAUUUUUCACAAGAGUCCUUAACUAUUCAAAAAAAAAAAAAUAUAUAUAUAUAUAUAUAUAUAUUAAUCUAAUCCUAAGGACUCCACAAUGGGUCUCACCAUUGUGGAAAAAAAAAAUAUAUAUAUAUAUAUAUUAAUCUAAUCCUAAGGACUCCACAAUGGGUCUCACCAUUGUGGAUGCUCUAAAUAUGCUAGGAGCCAUUAGGAGCACCUGAACCAUAACCACAUUGUAUUUUCAGUUGGUGCGAUCACUGCAAUCCAAAAUAUCUGAUGAAGCUUGAGUAUUUACCUGUGUUGUUAACUUCGUAAUUUGGAGUCUCUCCAUGCCUCCGCAGCUGCAGUCUCCUCCAUGCGGUCGUGUCUACUGUAAAUAAGAAAAGGCCAGGGUAAUCUGAGCCGUUGAUUUGAGUUUUGAUUAGGAUAUUAAAUCUAGAACCUUGGAUCAGGCUUUGGGUGAUACAAAUAUUUUCAGGAGGCAAUAACAUACAUUUGAGCCUCAGUCAAUUCCAUUAGUCUUUCUGUGAUUGUAGAUUUUCUCGAGUAAGUUGGCUGAGCUCAAGACCAACGAUCAACGUAUACUUCACCUCGGUCUAAGAAAUCUUCUGUGACUCUGUGUUUAAUUAGAACUAGGAUUUUGAACCGUUCAUAAGUUUGCUCCCGAGAUUAUGAAACAAACGACGGCGUAGGAUCUCAUAGGACUACUCCGAUCUGGGCCCAUUUAGUGCUGACUCCAUUACUUAACAAUGACGCUUCUACACUACACGUGUGGGGACAGGCAGCCACAGUUGACUCUAUCACGUGUACUUGUCCUACGCCACGUGGAUGGAUCCAUUUGUCUGUGUCAAAGACAAUAGACUUGUCACCACGCAAGACCUAUUGGGCUCUCCGUAAAUUUCUUGACUCAUCUAUAAAAGGGACGACACCAUUAAGACUCGAGAAAGAAAAAAAGACAAGAACAAAAACAAAAACAAAAAAUGAUGAAGUGUUUGAUCUGUCUCUCUCUUAUCCUCCUCCCUCUCAUCUCCGUCGUGGAAGGUAAUCUUUUUUUUUGCUAAGAAAAAGUAAAUGGAAGGUAAUCUUGGUGGCUUAGGUAAUCUCGGUGGCUGGAAGCCGAUUGAUUUAUCUGAUCUGAACAUCCAAUCGCUCGCCAACUAUGCGAUUAUUGAGCAUAACAUGCAAUCUAAGGCGAACCUUGUGUUCGUGAAGAUCGUCGAGGGGAAGGAGCAAGUGGUUACCGGAAAGAGGUACGAUCUGACCAUCGCGGCGAAGGAUGGCAGUGGCGCCACAAAGAACUACGAGGCCAUCGUGGUGGAAAGACCGUGGGAUCAUUACAAGAGCCUUGAGUCAUUCAAGGCCUUAUAGAUUAGAAUCGAUAUAUUAUAAUAUUUUGAAGGUUUGAUAACUUGAUAAUUUGAGAUUUUGAUAUUAUGUUUAUUGUUUUUUGGAAUAAAAUCUAAAGCAUAGAUAUGUCUCUUA